GGCGGGUUUUGUUCAUAAAUAUGCGUUUUCAACAGUCGGAUAGUCAUUUUAUAAUUCUAACGUUUGUCAAUGUAAGUAAAAAUUACUUACUCUAGUCAGAAGAAUCUUUCUUUAAAGUUAACAUUUAAUUCCAGGACUUACUAAGAUAAAAUGCAAAACUCGCUAUGACUGAAGGACCAUUUCGAUAAGACCGAAACAUAAGGAAAUAACUCAAGUCCCCUACAUUAUUGAAUUUGGAACUGUCAUGGCAAUGGAUUAUUUUUUAAAGCAAAUAAAUCCUGCGAAUUCCAAGCCCUUAAUAAUUUGUCUCGAGACGAAUGAAGUUACAAUUGGAAGAAGCAGCGUUGUUUCUUUAACUGGUUUCAAUAAAGUCUCUAGGAAACAUGCCUCUUUCAUGAAUAAAAAUGGACGUUGGUUUGUUCGAGACUUGGGAAGUCUAAACAAACUUUACGUGAACUUCAAAGAAGUAAAUACAGAAUGGGUACCUUUAGAAAUUGGUGACAUAGUCGGGUUUGGUACACCAUCGUAUAUUGAAGAUGGUGGUUUAGUGUGCGUAUUUGCAGCUAAAAAUCGUAUAAAACAAGAGGUAUUUGAGGAAAUAGAGGCUCCUAACUGUGAUGCAAAAAAUAGUGAGAAAGUUCAGAAUGUGUCUAAGGUGAAAGACGUCAAAUUAUUCACCGUAAAGCAAGAAUUGUCAUCUAAUCAGUAUGGAGGUUGCCAACAAAUAAUGACAAUUUCUAAGCCAGAAUGUACUUUCCAAACAGAUGUAUCGUCUGUAUCAGCAAGCACAGGAAACAAUGUUGCAAACAUCACUAAAAUAAACUCUGGAAAUACUGUUGAGCCAAGCAACAAAAUAGCACCUCAAAAUAAGUAUGAGUCUUCUUCAAAAGAAUCAAAACCAAUAAUUAAAACUGAGCCAAAUGGAACUGAUGAUAAUGAAUUGCCGAGUGUUAAAGAUACUUCAUUUAACAAACAUUUACCAAUAAAUUUUAAAAAGGAUGUCGAAGAUAUGAGUAUAUGCGAUAAUAUUGAGACUACCCCGACUUGCGAAGCCAAAUUGUUCUUGAAAAAUAACGCCGAGGACACAAAACAAAUGUUAGACAAAAAUGUAACUUCUGAAUUAAAGAAGGCAAAUACGCCUAUAAACGAAUGGCAUAAAGAAGACGGUGAACAAAAUGGCAAAAAUGAUUUGAUUCCCCAUGAAAACAAUUUUAAAUGUUCUGGCAAAUUACAAGAUAUGAAAAUUUUAAGUUGUCACAAAACUAGAGAUAUCAAAUAUCUUUACAGUCAGAUGAAAAAUUGCAGUGUAAGAUUAGUAAGAUGCGAUUCUAAAUAUUUUCGAUGGCCCCCUGAAAUAAAUUUUAAUAAAAUUUUUGCAUCUGUGGAAAAGCAUCAAAAUUUUUCUGAGCAUAGCAUCCCCCAAACAAUGCAAGAUGCAAAGGAAAUUGAAGGGAAUAACACGGAAACAAGGCAAGAACAAAAUUCUGAAUAUCAUCAAAGUCGUAAGAAGUUCAAAGAAUGUAUUAGAGAAGUCAAAAGCGGUAUAAACGUUGCAUUAAAAUUGAAAGUCACCAAGAAUAGAAUUAUGAGUUCCAGCUCGGAGACGUCAGGUGAUGAAAGCGAGUCCGAGAAAAAAGAUGCUAAGAUAUCAAAAGAUACCACGUCAGAUAACGGAAUGAAAACGAAAUCUAAAAAGCCAACUGAAGUCAAUAAAAGUCGAGAUGCUUCUUGUCGUAAAAACAGAUCAUUGCAUGAAACUUUUGAAGCACGUAAAGUUCCUGAAAAAAGAAAGCAAGGCUUCUUUGAAAGUCCUUCUACAAAAAGGGCAAAGCAUACUAAAAAAUGUGAAAAUCCAUCUCGUUUAAAUGAUUCUGAACACUUAAGUUCACGCAAUUCUGCAAACGCUUCAAGUAGGAAAGCAGAUUAUAGAAAUAUGAAAAUUUCCCGCAAUUUAAGAGAUGAGUCUUCUUUUUAUGUUCCAAGAAAUUCCUAUUAUUCAAAAUAUUGGACACCAGAAUACAACGAAUUCGAAACCGGUGAAAUUCGGGAGUGUUUGAAACCAGAUGUGUUUUUCAAAACUAAACAAACUGCUGGAAGAACAUUAUUGACGGACCCUAAACCGAUGGAAUACCGACCCAGAAGAAUGAGGGGCAGAGAAGAAUGGUUUAAAGAACGGUGUUCAUAUUCACAUCGGCACAGUGACCAAAACGAAAGAAUAUCAGAGAAGGGUAAUGAAGGAACUUCAUAUUCUUCAAAAUCAUCCUCAGGUCAAGGAUUUGCUUCAUCAAAAGAACAUCCUUCGAUUGUUAAUCGAAAAAUUUCAGCAGAACUAUCUUCACACCAAACUUUAUCUUCAUCAAAAGGAAAUACUUCAAAUGCUAGCCAAAAAAAUCCAACAGAAUUGUUUCCAAGUGAAAGAUUUAUCGCAUCUAGAGGAAAUAUUUCAACUAUUACUCGAAGAAAUACUAUCGAAGAAUUUUCAAGUGAACCAUCGGAAGAAUCAAAUGAAAUCUCCUCGAUAGUUUCUCAACGAAAUACUGUAGAAUUGAUUUCAAAUCAAUCAUUUGGUUCAUUAGAAGAAAACUUUUGCAUGGCGAGUCGAAAACAAUCAUUGCAGCAUAAGCCUGAAAAUGCUUCCUUGAUAAAUUCAACUGCAGUAAUGAUACAAAAUAAUACUGCUUCAAGUCAGAGCACUUCUUUAUCAAUUCCAAGAAGGCGAUUUUUAGUUGAAAUACAGACAAACGCAGAUGAAGUGUCGAAAAAUGAAGGGCUAGUAGCAAAAGAAACCGUCCCUCAGUGCUCGGAGAAACAAGAUUGCAAUUCUACUCUCAUUGCGAGGUCAAUAAAAAAUAUAAACAUUUCUACAUUUUCGACAGUUGAAGCAACGAGGACUGAAGAGGAAAAUCAAAUAAGUAUGAAUAAUACUAUAGCUUCCAUUAGUUCAAAUCCAAGAAUUGUAUCUCUUCCGGCAUCUACUUCCACUUUUUCAUUUGAAGUUAAAAAUCAAAUGAAUUGCAAAGAACGAGAAGCCACCACAGAAAAUAAAAUUUCGACAUCCGAAGUCUCAGACAUAUCUGAAAUACGAUCGAAGUUAGAGAAAAUUAUUGAGAAAACAAGAAAUACGCAAUUUUUGCCAAAAGAAAUAUUUUCUAAAACUGAUAAAAUGUCGAAUGAUAGGAAAGUGGCAGUAGUUUCUCCAGUUAACCACGAUAAUUUGCAGCCAAGCAACUUAAACCAACCCGAUACUGUUUCUACACCAUAUUUGCAUACGUCUAUUAAGGAAAAAAUAACUAAUAGAGUUCAUUCAACUUACAUUUUAAGUCCUGUUAAACCAAACUCUAAGCCGAUUUUGUCGAAUUCUGAAUUCACAAGUGCUGAGGAAGCAAAAGGUUCCGCUUCAGAAACGAAAUCUCGUUCCCGAUAUUUGAUAAAAAGUAUUGUCUACUGGAAUCCAAAAUGGUUGGAAGAGCAAGCGAAAAACAAGAAACCUCCACCCGUGAUAUCAAAAGGCGGUUCAGUUUUGCCACUAAGAUUUUCAUCCUAUGAUUCUUACAUGAAAUCUUUUAAUCCAAUGAUUUCUUUAGAGAUCUGGGAAUCUCUUUUCAGAGAAUCAAAACCACUUUGGUUGAAAAAAGAAGUUAGGAAUUCAUUUUACUUUUUAGUUAGAUCAAAUAACGUACAGCAUAGUCUCAUAGAGCUCCAGUGUGAAUCCAUUGUAAAUGAGAAUUUUUCAUUUCUUCCUAGUGAAGGAAAUAUUAUUCUUUUGGGUAUCAGCGAUAUAGGGAAUGGAUUAGAAAACAGUAUGUUUGGUUAUAUACAUCGGCAUAAAGUUGAAAGCGCGCUCGAAAAAGAAAAGAUGACAGAAUGGCAGAAAGUGCCUAAAGAAUGGCAAGAGAAUGCGAAACUUUGGACUUUCAGCAUGUUUAUUAAAAAGAGCAAGAAAGAUUUUCAAUUUGGAACAGUUAGUGUCGCAUAUGGAAUUUUAAAUAUAAGAAACAAACUGCAAUUGGCAGAUGCAUUAAUUGGGUUUAAAGAUUCUCCAAUCCAAAACGACAUUCUUAGACCUACAAAAGAAAUGUUCUCGUUUUGUAAAUCCAUUUCCAGAAUACCUCGACCGCUGCUAAUCCAGACUGUAAGUGAUGAAAUAAAAAAGGAGAAUCCUCAUAGUAAAUUGAUUUUGAUAAAUGCUCCAGCUGGAACCGGCAAAACCGGUGCAAUCAUUGGUAUUGUGGAAAAGCUGCUUUUCAAUAGCGCAUAUAAGAUGAAGCUCCUUUUGUGCGCUUCAUCAGAUAUGACAAUCGAUGAAAUUGGUUUGAGAUUGGUUGAAUUGAAUGAAAGAUGCAGCUGGAGACGCAAUUCUAUCAAAUUUAUUAGACUCGGACAAUCUGAAAAUAUCCCUGCUAAACUUCAAAUACACACUCUCGAAAAGAAGAUAUUAAAAAUGUUCAAGGAACAAAAUAAGAAAGAAUUCCAAGAAAGAGAAAAAGAGCUAAAAGUUUUAGAGGAUAAAAUAAAUGACGUUUUGUUUAAAGAGCAAUUAAAAACCAACAACAGAUAUCGAUUCAGAAAAAGUAAUGACGAGGCUCUAAAAUGUUUGAUGAAUCAACUCCAAUCUCUAAAAGAAAAAAAUCCUUAUAAGAAUCUAGAUCCUGUUAUUCACGCAGCGUAUGAAAGUGCUAUCCUCGGUGAUUCGGAUGUGAUUCUUGCAACCUUAAACACUUGUAUGCAUCCUCUAAUGAGAAAAUUCUUCAAAUCUUUCAAGGGCGAAUCACAUGCUUGCUGCAUCAUAGACGAAAUAUCACAGUGCACAGAGCUAGAAGUUCUUCAAUGCCUUCAUCCAGAAAUCAAUAGGCUUGUUUUAGUAGGCGACCUUCAGCAAUUACAGCCACCGGUUGCCUCCAAGUAUGCAAUCAAAUGGGGCUUCAGGCGAUCUAUGAUGGAAAGAAUCUUGAAGUUGUUUAGUGUACAAUUUUCUUGUCCUCCACCACUGUCUUUGGCCGAGCAACAUAGAAUGCAAUCGCAGAUUUGCCAUUUCCCAUCAAAAUACUUCUACAAAGACCAGUUACUCACAGCAGCAGAUGUCGAUGAAAAAUAUCGAUACUCGCCUCUUAAGCCAUUCGUUGUUUAUGAUGUCUUAGAAAAAGAAAUGCUAAAUCCUCCAGCUAACAUCGAAGACAAUGAACCAUUCUUAAUUGCCAAUAUUUGCGCUCAACUUCUGCAAGCAGUACCGGCAGCUACUAUUGGUGUGAUUGUGGCUCAUGAAGAUCUGGCUGCUUUAUAUAAAAUUCCGUUAUCUUUAGGGAAUACAACAUUAAAGGAGAUUGAGAUUAAUACUGUAGAAAACUACCAAGGAAUAGAAAGAGAUAUAAUCAUCAUUUCUUGUAUCAACCCGUCUCUUUUUGCAGAGGGCGAGAACUUUCUGUCUUGUGAAAAGAAGAUGAAUGUGGCCAUUACAAGAGCAAGACAGUCCUUGGUUAUCUGCGGCCAUGUUUCGUCUAUGAGGCACUUUAAACAUUGGGAUGCUUUAAUCAGUGAUGCACAAUUACGUAAAAACUUCAUAAGUGUAUCUUCAUUACGACAGAUUCCAUUUGUUAUUAUGAAAACUAUCUGCAGAAUGAGUUAAAACAGAGGCCACUUCAACGAGUGGUAUAUUUAUUAAAGUAUUUUUUUGUUUACUUUUUAUUUUUAUUGGGAAAAAUUAUUUUUUGAAAAAAUAUUUAACACAUUAUAAUAAAACUAUAGAGCUCCCAAUACUAUCGUAAUAACAAUUCUAAAUUUUAGGAUGACUAUUUGUAAA